AGUAGGUAUCAUCACACUUGACCUUUGGGUUUUCUUCCUUUGGAGCCAAACUUUCAAAACCCCCAAACCCAAUCUCUUACGCCGUCUUAAUUUUUUCUCCUUCUCCGAUCCCACCAUUUUCUCCUAAUUCUGGUUAACUUCUCAUCGCCGGUUACUUGAGUUCAACAAAUCAAUUUAAAAUUUUGCUCCUGCUAAGCAUCAGGCCUUUAUUUUUAGCAAGGUAUUUUUCAAUUCACAAUGGCUAACGAGCAACCAAAAGAUCAUAGUGAUGUAUCUUCCUCAACCGCAUCUACGAACGCUGAAAAACGAAAACUGUAUAAUAAACGAUAUUAUCUUUCACGCAAAGAGAAAAACAAAGUAGUAAAAGAUUGUAUGGAUGACGGGAAACCAAAAGAUUGUAGUGAUUUACCUUCCUCAACUGCAUCUACGUUCGCUGAAAAACGAAAACCGUAUCAUCAACGAUAUUAUGCUUAUAAAGCAUUAAACGUCGGUACCGGCGAUAUCUCUCAAAGUGAUUUAUCAAUAGAAAGGAUGCCUCAAAGAACUUUACAAACUAAUAGUAGUCAAAUGACACAAAUGAAAGAACUGCCACAAAUACCACAAAUGCCAAUACCACGAAUGCGAAGAGAGGCUUUGAUACUUACUUCGGCUGAAAAACGAAAGGAGCGCAAUAAACGAUAUUAUGCUAAACGCAAAUGGAACGGAAGAUGUGUUCCAAACGGCAGUCAAAGUACACAACCUCUGACCGAUGAUAAUACUUCGGCUGACGCUGAAAAACGAAAGGAGCGCACUUUGUACAAAUGCAUUUUGCGGUACUCAGGUAUCAAAAUGACGAAUUCCGAGAUUAACACGACUGAGUUUGGGACCAAUGUAGCUGGGCCCAACACAGAUCAUAAAAAACCGGUUUUAGCAAAUAAGAAGGUAGUUCUACAAGACGUGCAGAACGAUAAUAGUAACUCCACACGUAAUGCUGCUGGUCCCACCACAGUUCAUGAAAAACCGGUUUUAGCAGCCAAGAAGGUAGCGCUACAAGACGUGCAGAAUGAUAAUAGUAACUUCACACGUAAUGUAGCUGGGCCCACCACAGUUAAUAAAGAACCGGUUUUAGCAGCCAAAAAGGUAGUGCUACAAGACGUGCAGAACGAUAAUAGUAACGUAGCUGGGCCCACCUCAGUUCAUAAAAAAACGGUUUUAGCAACCAAGAAGGCAGCGCUACAAGACGUGCAGAACGAUAAUAGUAACUCCACACGUAGUGUAGCUGGGCCCACCAUAGUUCACAAAGAACCGGUUGCAGAUGCAUGUAAAACAAUUGGAACCAAAAGGGUUGCACCGGACCAUGCUUCAUCUCCUAUUUUGACCAAUAACGGUGCACAUGAAUUUGAAGGAAACCGAAAGAAAAAUGUGGGUCAACCAAAAUCUGGAAGUUUGACCCAAAUUCAGCAAGAAGCAGGCCAGAUAAGCGGGAAGAAUGUGCUUAAUGGUUCUUUGGUGGGGCCAAACCAGACGGCUUUAAAACCAUAUGUUUCUCGGUUAAAAGAGUCUAAUGAUGAAGAGUGGGCAGAACGAUUUAUUCGCUUGCAGAAUUUUAUCAAGCAAUGUGAUGGAUCUGAUCAUAGAGAGAAUACGCAAUUGCUCGUGCGUUUAUCACCCUCGGAACUUUGCAAACAUGCGGUUGAGCUGGAGAAAAGAGCGAUUCAGUUAACCAUAGAAGAAGGAAAAGAGAUGGAAAGAAUGCAAGCAUUAAAUAUCUUAGGGACGCCUUUAUUAACCAGAAAUCCAAUCCCGAUAACACAACAAAAGAACUGAUUUCCAAAGGUGCAAAUAGGUAGGAAAUUAAGGUGCCUUCACCAGCAGAAUUCCGAGGUGAAUUUAACGUUUUCGGAUUUGUUUUGUUUAUAUCAAAAUUAUUAUGUAUUUUGUGAAAUCAGUUGCAUUAUGUAAUGCCUGGUUAUUUUUGGGUUUCAUUGGUUAUCUUUUGUUCUUGAUGUGUUAGCUUUAGAACUAAUUUGAUAUGAUGACUCAUUUGCAGUUUUGCACUUUAA